AAGAGAAGAAGGACCGAAACACACAUCCAAUGGGCUCUUCUUAUGUUUCUCAUUUUCUCCUCUAUCUCUUCUUCUACAUCUCCACCGUCUUGCCGCCGUCGAACGCCCAGUCAACGCCGGUAUUCGCAUGCGACGUCGCCGGAAACCCAUCUCUCGCCGGUUUUGGAUUCUGCAACACAUCGCUGGGGAUCGAAGCCCGUGUGGCCGAUCUGGUCGGGAGGCUGACGUUGCCGGAGAAGAUAGGGUUUCUCGUGAGCGGAGCAAAAGCGGUGAGCCGUCUCGGCAUUCCCGCCUACGAGUGGUGGUCGGAGGCUCUUCACGGCGUCUCGUACGUGGGACCCGGGACGCGAUUCUCCGGCCAAGUCCCCGGAGCCACGAGCUUCCCUCAGGUCAUACUGACCGCUGCUUCGUUCAAUGUGUCUCUGUUUCAGGCCAUCGGCAAGGCUGUCUCGACGGAGGCAAGGGCAAUGUACAACGUGGGGUUGGCCGGGCUAACGUUCUGGUCGCCCAACGUGAACAUUUUCCGCGACCCGAGAUGGGGAAGAGGGCAGGAGACUCCGGGCGAGGACCCGUUGCUUUCGAGCAAAUUCGGCGUUGCUUACGUCAAAGGUCUCCAGGAGACAGAAGGCGGCGACCCUAACCGCCUCAAGGUCGCAGCUUGCUGCAAACAUUACACAGCUUACGAUUUGGAUAACUGGAAUGGAUUCCACCGUUUCACUUUCAACGCCGUGGUGAGCCAACAAGAUUUGGAUGAUACGUUCCAACCACCGUUCAAGAGCUGCGUGAUUGAUGGGAACGUGGCAAGCGUCAUGUGUUCUUAUAACCAAGUUAACGGUAAACCCACAUGCGCCGACCCGGAUUUGCUCUCCGGAGUUGUCCGUGGCCAGUGGAAAUUAAACGGGUACAUUGUCUCGGAUUGUGAUUCAGUAGAAGUCUUGUACAAUAAUCAGCAUUAUACCAAGCCUCCCGAAGAAGCUGCAGCCGUAUCUAUAUUGGCAGGUCUGGAUCUGGACUGCGGCUCGUUCCUGGGUCAGCAUACAGAGAACGCGGUUAAGGCGAGGCUGAUCGAUGAGGCGCCGAUUAAUCGAGCCAUCACGAACAAUUUCGCGACUCUGAUGCGUCUCGGGUUCUUUGACGGCGACCCGAAGAAACAGAUGUUCGGACAGCUCGGUCCCAAGGAUGUCUGCACGGCUGAGCACCAAGAGCUUGCCGUGGAAGCCGCCAGACAAGGCAUUGUCCUCCUCAAGAACGCUGCCGGAUCGCUGCCGCUACCUCCCUCUGCGAUGAAAACGCUUGCCGUGAUUGGUCCGAACGCUAACGUCACCAAGACCAUGAUCGGAAACUACGAAGGUACGCCAUGCAAGUACAUAACUCCUCUACAAGGGUUAGCAGCCACUGUCUCGACAACAUAUUUCCCGGGUUGCUCCGACGUGGCGUGUGCGGCCGCGCGGGCGCCAGCCGCUGACGCAACGGUCCUGGUAAUGGGGGCGGACCAGUCCAUCGGCCGAGUCGACCUGAACCUCCCCGGACAACAGCAAGAGCUGGUGACCCAAGUGGCUAAAGCCGCUAGAGGACCUGUCAUUCUCGUCAUUAUGUCUGGUGGUGGUUUCGACGUCACGUUCGCCAAGAACGACGGCAAGAUCACUAGCAUUAUGUGGGUCGGUUACCCUGGCGAAGCCGGUGGUGCCGCCAUCGCUGACGUCAUCUUCGGCCGUUAUAAUCCUAGUGGAAGACUACCGAUGACGUGGUAUCCACAAUCCUACGUGGACAAGGUGCCGAUGAACAACAUGAACAUGAGACCCGACGGGGCAAACGGGUAUCCGGGUCGGACCUACCGGUUCUACUCGGGCGAGACCGUUUACGCCUUCGGAGACGGACUCAGCUUCACCAAUUUCAUUCACCAACUGGUCGAGGCCCCACGGCUCGUCUCUCUCCCUCUCCCCCCUACCCACUCCUGCGUUUCCUCGGCCGAUUGCCAAACGCUGGACGCCGUCGGACCCCACUGCGCAAACACAAACGCAGACGCAAACGCCACCUUCGGGGGCGUUCGAUGUUCAACGCCGCCGCCGUCGGCGGUAAAGGGGUCGCCGAGGAAGCAUCUGUUAGGGUUCGAGAAGGUUCGAUUGGGGAAGGGGGAGGAGGCUGUGGUUAGGUUUAGGGUGGAGGUGUGUAAGGAUCUGAGUGUGGUCGAUGAGGCCGGGAAGAGGAAGAUUGUUUUGGGGGAUCAUGUUCUUCGUGUUGGGAAUUUGAAACAUUCUUUGAAAAUUAGGGUUUGAACAGAAGGCGGCAAACUCAAUCCGUUGUUCAUUUCUAUGUGUUUUUCUCAGUUAAUAAUGGUUUUGGAAUUUUAAA